CGUUGAAAUGUAUUUUCCCCAGAACGACUCCUGGAUAGGCCUGGCCCCUCUUAGCAUUCCCCGCUAUGAGUUUGGAAUAUGCGUCCUGGACCAGAAAAUAUACGUCGUAGGAGGGAUUGCAACCCACGUGUGUCAAGGCAUCAGUUACCGGAAGCACGAGAACUCCGUGGAGUGCUGGGAUCCUGACACGAACACUUGGACGUCUCUGGAAAGGAUGUUUGAGAGCCGGAGUACACUGGGAGUGGUGGUUCUGGCGGGAGAGCUCUACGCCUUGGGUGGCUAUGACGGGCAGUCGUAUUUGCGAACUGUGGAGAAAUACAUUCCCAAAGUGAAGGAAUGGCAGCCAGUGGCCCCGAUGAACAAAACGAGGAGUUGUUUUGCUGCGGCUGUCCUGGACGGGAUGAUAUAUGCCAUCGGGGGUUAUGGGCCUGCCCAUAUGAACAGCAUGGAGCGUUACGAUCCAAGUAAAAACUCCUGGGAGACGGUUGCUUCGAUGGCUGAUAAACGGAUAAACUUUGGUGUGGGCGUCAUGCUGGGCUUCAUUUUUGUAGUGGGUGGACACAAUGGUGUGUCUCACUUGUCGAGCAUUGAGAGAUACGAUCCUCAUCAAAACCAGUGGACGGUGUGUCGACCCAUGAAGGAGCCCAGGACAGGAGUGGGUGCAGCUGUAAUUGAUAACUACCUUUAUGUAGUUGGCGGUCACUCGGGGUCGUCCUACCUGAACACCGUGCAGAAGUACGACCCCAUCUCGGAUACCUGGCUGGACUCUGCUGGGAUGAUGUACUGUCGCUGCAAUUUUGGUUUGACUGCGCUUUGAUGAAGAGCAGCACUUGAUGGACCCGAUGCAAAGGUGGAGCUUGGUCUGCUUGCAAAUAAACCCUGCUGGUGGAGGCCAUAAGCUGUGUUUUCUGAAGUCGGAAAGUUGGGGGAAUGUG